CGGGUCACCGCUCUCCUCCCGCACGAACUCUCGCGAGACGCGACCAUCGUCAUGGCGGCGCACGCGGCCGGAGAUGCAGACGAAGGAAAUCGGCGGCCGCAGUUUGGAAAUCGGCUUCUGGUGGACCCGAGCCACGUGUUCCGUCACAACGCCUGGGACAGCGUGGAGUGGACAGAAGAACAGGAAGCAGCCGCCCUGAGGAAGGUCCAGGAGAACAGCCUGCCCCUGACCGCCGACAAGCAAGAGGAGUACGAGAGCAAGGCCAGAGACUACUGGGAUGACUUCUAUAAGAUCCACGAGAAUCGGUUUUUCAAGGACCGCCAUUGGCUGUUCACAGAGUUCCCAGAGCUGAAUCCCCCCCGCGGUGGGGCUGCCAUUCAGGACGGGACAGCAGACGCCGAAUUCCCAGGCUGCUCGGCCACGUACCGCGUCCUCGAAGUCGGCUGUGGUGUUGGAAACACCGUCCUUCCCAUUUUACAGACCAACAAUGACCCCGGACUCUUCGUCUACGCCUGCGACUUCUCCAGCACCGCAGUGGAGCUGCUUAAGGCUCAUCCGGACUACGAUGCCAGCCGCUGCCAUGCUUUUGUCCACGACCUGUGCGAGGAGGCCUCCAGUUUUCCUGUGCCAAAGCAGAGCGUGGACGUCAUCAUCCUCAUCUUUGUCCUCUCCGCACUGCGCCCUGACAAGAUGGCUGCUGCUCUCUCCAGACUGGCCAGGCUGCUGCGGCCCGGUGGGUUGAUUUUGCUGCGGGACUACGGCCGCUACGACAUGGCACAGCUGCGCUUUAAGAAAGGACGCUGUCUGGCUGAGAACUUCUAUGCCCGCGGCGAUGGCACGAGGGUCUACUUUUUCACUCAAGAUGAACUCGACGGGCUCUUGACACAAGCUGGUCUGACGAGGGUCCAGAACGUGGUGGACCGGCGACUCCAGGUGAACCGUGGAAAGCAGCUCAAGAUGUACCGCGUCUGGAUCCAGUGCAAGUACCAGAAGCCCCCGGGCGCUGCCCACCUGUACCAAGUCUAAAAUAAACAUCCCUUUUUUGCUAAUA